AUGCCUCGGCGCCAGAAGAACAAGGCCCGUGUCCGGGAGAAACGCCACCAGGCCCGCGGUGAGGCUCAGGGUGUCGGGGGUGCUCCUGCCGCUGUAGCAGCAGCAGCAGAGGAGGAGCCCCCCCGCGCUCCCCCGGGCUCCCCGGAGGAGGCGGGUCCAUCUUCACCAACUGAAGGUGGCCCCGCCCCUGGGUCUCCUGGUGCAGGGUCCCCAGGCCUGCCAGGCGACCAGGGCGCCCAGAACCAGGCCGCGGCUGCGGCCCCGGCCGCCCCUCCGGCCAUUCGCAAAACGCCCCUGAUCCGCAAGGCCAGCAUGCUGGUGCAGUUCCUGCUGGAGAAGCACAGCUCCGGGGAGCCCCUGAUGCGCGCGGCGCUGCUGAAGAUCAUCGGCAGGAAAUACCGCGAGCACUUUCCCGAGAUCUUCAGGCUCACCUCCCAGCGCAUGGAGCUGGUCUUCGGGCUGGAGGUCCGGGAGGCCGACGACCGCGGCCAGUCCUACACGCUGGUCAGCAAGCUGGCCCAACCGGGCGAGGGCACCCCGGGCGGCGGCAGCAAGGGGCUGCCCAAGUCCGGCCUCCUGAUGGCGCUCCUGGGCGUGAUCUUCAUGAAGGGCAACCGCGCCAGCGAGGAGGAGGUCUGGGAGUUCCUCAACGUGCUGGGCGUGCAGGAGGGCAAGAGGCACCUGGUCUUCGGCGAGCCGCGCAAGCUCAUCACCCGAGACCUGGUGCGCCAGGGCUACCUGGAGUACCGCCCGGUGCCCGCCAGCGACCCUCUGCGCCACGAGUUCCUGUGGGGCCCGAAGGCCCGCGCGGAGACCAGCAAGAUGCAGGUGCUGCAGGUCCUGGCCAAGAUCAACGACACGGUGCCCAGCUCUUACCCCCAGCUGUACGAGGAGGCUCUGCUAGACGAGGAGGAGCGCGUGGGGGCCAGACCCCAGGCCAGGGGGGCUGCCACGAAGGGGGCCCGUAGCAGGCGCCGCGUCUAG